CCAACGGUUUGGACAGAGUUCUCCAGACUAGCGCAGGAGCAUCCUGGCGUAGUGAAUCUCGGACAGGGAUUUCCCGAUUGGUUACCUCCGAAAUUUGCCAUCGAUAGCCUUGUAGAAGCCGCUCUUGAUUCGGCACAAUCGCCUCAUCAAUAUACGCGUCCCGCUGGACAUCCCAAUCUUGUCAGAAAACUCGCCACACGAUACGGAAAACACAUGCGACGGGAUGUGGACCCCUUCACCGAGGUGGCCGUGACGGUUGGUGCUUCGCAGGCUUUGUACCUAAGUUUGCAGACUAUAAUCCAACCGGGCGAUGAAGUUAUUCUUUUCGAGCCCUUUUUUGACUUGUACGUAUCGCAAGUCAAACUCGCUGGAGGAACUCCCGUCUUUGUUCCGUUGACCUUUGUACCGUACGAGGACGAUACAGAAACUGUUGUUACAGGCGGUGAUUGGGUUUUGGAAGCCGACAAGCUGAAGCAAGCGGUCACCACACGUACCAAAGCAAUUUUGUUAAAUUCGCCUCACAAUCCUACGGGGAAAAUCUUUACCCGUGACGAAAUGGAAAUGGUCGCCGAGGCAUUGGAACUGGCCAAUCCAGACUGUGUCGUGCUGUCCGACGAAGUCUACAAGUAUAUUGUCCAUUCACCGCCCAAGGAACGCGCAUCAGAAGAAUCGCUUUUUUGUCGUGGACAUGUACACUUUGCCUCGUUGCCUGGGAUGUGGGAUCGGACCAUUACUAUUUCCUCUGCCGGAAAGACCUUCUCGGCAACAGGGUGGCAAGUCGGCUGGUGCGUUGGACCGAAUCACUUGAUUGCUCGUAUACACCAACUUCUCCCGUACGUGCAGUUUUGCGCGUCCACAGUCAUUCAAGAAGCUCUGGCUAGAUCCUUAACGCGGGCUGACGAACCCUAUGAAGGUCGCGCUUCGUACUAUGAUUUUUUGCGGCAUACGUACACGCGGAAACGAGACUUGCUGGCGUCGGCCCUUAUCGACGCUGGCUUUGCAGUACCCGACUACGACCGCACCGCGGGCGGUGGCUUUUUCAUUCUUGCCCGCAUCGGUCCAAAGAUUCUCUCAUCCCUUCCAGAAAGUCGCAUCAACGUUCCAAACGACGCUGCCCCUAACGGCGAGGCACGCCAGGAUUGGGCACUGUGUCAGUGGAUGGCAGAGCAGGAUUCAGGAGUCUUGUGUAUCCCUUCAAGUCCGUUUUUUUCGUCACUUCGUGUCGCGGAGGGAGUCUCAGACGAAUUCGUUCGUGUGGCCUUUUGCAAGACCGACGAUACUAUUGACGCAGCU